CAUCAUCGUGAAUCACGAGAGAUGGGCCCGAUUCGGCUUGACCCUGGAGCCAUGGCCCUUUGCCAUCCACUGAUCUUUAACCAAGUGGCUUUUUCUGGGGGCUGAUAUAUCAUCAGGCAAAAGUUUACGGAAACUCGUCCAGAUGACAGUUUAGCCGCCUCAGUUCUGCUGAGGCUCCGAUCCCCUUCUGUGUUUCUAGUCUAUCUAGAACGCUGCUAACCCAUCUUUGAAGGAGAUUGGCAAAGCUCGUUUGAUUAGUCGGGGCUGCCGCGUGAAGGAAUUGUAAGAUGCGGAAUACUAGUCCAAGUCCUCCAAAGUCAAGUAUACAAUUAGCCAACAGCUCAAGUUGCUUGGCUAGUUUCCACGUGCCUCCUCCUCCUCCUUCUUUUUUAGCUUUUGUCUCGGGCGCCAAAGUCUUGGUCUUCGGAUGACUUAAGACAAAGAGGUUCUCAUUUUAGUGCAUUGGGGGUCAAGUCAUUUCCCAAAAGCAGCAUUGUUCUUAUCCCUCUGCAUCCUCUUCCUUUUUACAUGCACCCUCCUCCCUUGUUUUGCUCCCAACGCCAUCUCCCUUCGGAUGGAUCUUACCAUGUCGUGUUCUUCUCUCUCCUUGCUCUUCUUCAUCUCCCUCCAUGUUCACUUCCUCUUGCCAGCUUCCAGCGAAUUCCAGCCGUUCCAAGAGUGCGCUCCUUUUCAUUGCGGAGAUCAACAAAUCAGCUAUCCUUUCAGGCAUAAAGAGCAAAAAAGUUACUGUGGGUAUCCCGGCUACGAGCUCGGCUGUGACGGACAUAACCUGACCCUUCUCUCCAUGGAGUCCCUGGAAUAUCGGGUAAUCCACAUGACUAUGAGCACGAAGAUCCUUGAGGUGGCAAGGAUGGAUUUAUCGGACGAUAUAUGUCUUGGAAGACAUGUCGACACCACUUUAAACUCCAUUCUCUUCGACUACACUUUCAAUGACCGCAAUUCCACCUUAUUCUAUGAUUGCGAUUCAUCGCCAGUCCCUGAAUCUCAUCGAUUCUCUUGUCCCCAAUCUCAAGAUGGCUACUUUGCUGUUGAUGUGGACCAUGCAAACCCACCACACGAGCUAUGCAAGUUCAGUGUCCUUGUCCCAAUUUCACAGAGUGAUGACGCUCCAGCUCUACCACCACUACCACCGGAGGACAGCGCUGUUAGUGCUCCUAUUAAUCGUGCCGCUAUUAGUUUGUUGCUGAACAGAGGCUUUGAGAUCACCUGGAUUGCCAACACAUCGCAGUGUGAAAAUUGCAUCAAAUCAGGUGGAAGAUGCGGGUAUGGCUGGAAAAGGCAAGGAUUCAAUUGUUUUUGCGCCGAUGGAGUCCAUUCAAAGACUUGCGAGGGUAUGUAUGCUUACCCUCACCUAAUAUCUGGUUUUCAAUUAGCUAAUGUUCUUCCAUGGGAGGGACACUGGGUUUGCUUGUUAAUUGGACAUCGCCCCGCUCAUGCUUUUAAAAGCCUGACGAUCUCAUUUUGCUGGGCAUGCCCUUCCCUCUUAUAUGAUGAAGUGCUGUCAUCUCAUCCUCGCUAUGACAUGAUCACGAUACAAUUUAGACUGCAAGUCCUAAAACUAUAUCACCCCAUUCUCAACAACCUUCCUUGCCUUAACUGUUGGAUCAUUAGGUCGGUAUCUGUAAACCCACGAGAUCCAACGGUUUAAAUACAAUUAGCGAAGACGCUCCGAAUUCACCAUAAAACUUCACAUCAUGGGCAAGUAAUUUAGGUCGGAAUGCCUUAGCCGAAUAGUCAAUUUACAUAAAAAUUUAGGUUUGACUUGUUCUUUACUACUCAUAACAUGAACUGUUGACCCAUCAAAUGGGCUAGACUUUUUCACAAGUGGGAACCUAGA